GAUGCGGCAUAUAUAGAGGCCGGUAGAAUCUUGGUCGGCGGUUUUCUUGCUGGCUGCGGAGCAAGUGAUAUAGACGUUGUAGACUCAGGAGUUGGACCAGGCUUGAAGGGGUUAGCCGGGUUUGAGAAAAUGGGCUAUGACAUGGAGCGCUUUGUUGGUUAUGUCAAUGAAGGCCUGAUCUGUUGCAUUUGCCGAGAUGUACUCCAAGAUCCUCUGCAAGCUCCUUGCGAACAUGCCUUCUGCACUUCCUGCAUCCAUGGAUGGCUCAUUCAUCACAACAGUUGCCCAGAGGAUCGCCAGUUCCUUGAUUUGUCUGUCCUUCGACCGCUUUACAGGUACAUGAGGAAUGAUCUUAAUCGACUUCAGCUUUACUGCACAAACAGAGGACGUGGCUGUGAAAUAGUGUGCUCACUAGAAUCCAUUGACAGUCAUGAAUGCGAUUGUGAAUACACCCCAAUACCCUGUCCAAAUAAUGCUUGUCCAGUCCAUGUUGAACGUCGUAAUUUAUAUAAUCAUGUGGUAGUGUGUGAAUUUCGGACUCGUGAAUGCCCCAAUGGCUGUGGAUAUGUCAUUCUCGGUCCUGAAGAUGCCCAGCAUAACUGUGUGGCAGAACUGAGAACUGAACUAGAGCUACUCAGAUCUGACAUGAUCUGCCAAAUGGAAGAUGGAAAACAGGAGAUGCAGUCUCGUUUAGAUUCUCAAAGGAGACACAUGGUGAAAAGAGAGAGUCUUUUGCAAAAAGACAUUGAGGAACUUAAGAGUCAAAUGUCCAGGAUGAUGACUAACAUGCAGGCUCUGAUGGCAGUAGAAAGACAGCACCACCAAGAGUUGGAGCAGGCACAACGUGAAAAACAUGAAUUGCUGGAAUUAAUAAAGAACUUCCCAAAAGACAGCCUCCCUCCAAGAAAUAAAAGCAAGAAAGCAAUACAUUCCCCGCCUCUAUCACGACAGGAUAGUAUGAAACUAAAGACAUGGGAGGCAACAGCCAUAUAAAACUAAAAGUUAAAACCAGGUUUGCUGAACUUUGAACUACCAUAUUUUUCACUCCAUAAGACACACUUUUUUUUUCCUCCCUAAAAGUGGGUGGAAAUGUCUGUGCAUUUUAUGUAGCAAAUAUCACAGCUGCGCCACGGCAGCGGGAUCCUUUUACAGUGAACCCCGCCGGAGUGCAGGAGUCAAUAGGCAGAGCUGGCACAUGAGAGGACACCUAUCUGCCUCCUGCCCCCACCACACUGCUGCUCCAUAUCCAGUGCUCCAUAGGCACAGUGAGAGGGCACUCCAGAUUCAUAUUUUUUUUCCUUCGUCUCCUCCUUGAAACCUAGGUGCGUCUUAUGCUCCAGUGGGUCUUAUGGAGCGAAAAAUAUGGUCAUUUCAGAGGGCAAAAUUAUUAAGUUACCUUAUUCCAAAUAUAUAUAUAUGUUCUACUCACUUAUAGGCCUUAUUUUCCUUGAGAUCUUUUCAAAUCUCAUUGAGUUUGGGAAGAAUCAUGUUUAAAAGAGAUCAUCUUCAAGUGUUAACCAUUUCAGUAGUCAAUCUUAGGAAUUUAAAAACCUAGGAAUGAUUUAAAAACCUUUUUUUACGUGUUCCAUUAUAUUUUUUUCCUCAAAUGAGUAACUUCUUUCUGCUAUUCAGAACAGGGUAUUUAAAAAAAAAAACUUACACAUGAAGAUUAAGAGCCACAGGACCUUAGUUUUAAUGUGAAAAUUAUAGGAAUAAAGAUUUUAGCAAAAAAAAACCACAUCCUUUCUUCAGUAGUUGAUAUUCUAAACUAUGCAAGAUAAAUGAUUGGAUCCUGAUCCUGAUUUCUACUUUACCUCAGUGUUUUUCAGGUAAUUUGUAAAUCUCCAAAGUAGUCUUACUUACCAUCCUAUAGGUAGAAGACAAAAUAAUAACAAAAUUAAGCUUGUUUUAGUCUUAAAAAAAUUAUAGUUGACAUGUAAAGAGAGGAUUUUACAGUGCCUUUAUAACCCUGGCCCUUAUCUUAGAUAUGGAAUGCUACUGUAGAAAUGCAAUAUAGUUAACACGAUUUGUAAGUUGAUCUUACAGUCCAACCUACCUCAUAUGAUGGCUUCAAGAAUAAAACUGAAAGUGGAAAUGCUACAUACUUCACUGGAGAUCCACAAUAAAAGUAAGAUAUCACCCUAAUCAAAAAAUAAGUUGACACCAAACCUAUUUAUGUUAAUGAGCAUUUCAAGCAUUUCUGCCAUUAGAUUAUCAUGUUUUUCAGUAUUAAAAUAGUUCAAGAAAUUUGUAACGUUUCUAAUAUUACAAAUACACAGCAACUAGAAAAUCAAUAUUACAAAUACUCAGCUACUAGAAAAAGUAUUUCCAAUAACUAAUAAAGCUAAUAUUUUUGCACAUAUGAUGCAAAAUGGGAUUUUUGGAAUCAAGGACUGUUUAAUAUAAAAGUGUCAAUCUGUUAAAAAAACUCAUAAAGGAAUUUACUCUUUGGGAAAGUGAGACUGGACAAAAAGAAAUUAAGAAGACAAAUGUGAUCAUCUAUGCCCAGGGAUCUCCAACUGUGGCAACUUGAACACUUGUGGACUUCAGUUCCCAGAAUUCCCCAGGCAGCAAAGCUUCUGGGAGUUGAAGUCCACAUGUCUUCCAAGUUGCCAAGAUGGGAGACCCCCGAUCUAUGCAGUGUGGUUAAUGCUUGUUGAAAAAAGUGUAGAAGAGGUCUGAUUGUAGACUGCUAAAAUGUGUGUCUAUAUGUAUCUUUCUUUGAAAUAAACACUUCAUAUCUAAUAUUUUUAUUCCCUGUGCCUGUUCUGAAAGUGCAGUGCUGUUGGAGUUAAUUUUAUUGCCAUUUUGCUGCAACAAAUAAAGAGGAGUUCAUUGUGUCUGGGCUAGUUGAAGUAGCCAAACAAAACUUUUUUUUUACACUGAUCCUUCACCCCCUUGGACUAAAAAGAAAUUUGACUGUUGUAUUCAUGGUGCUGUUAAUACUGAUAAAAGUUUGAUGGAAGUAAAACAACUGAAACUAUGUUAACCCAAGUCACAAAUGGUACAUAUGAAACCAAACUAUUUCAUGACUUAACAUGUGAACGAAUUAGAUAAAAGUACU